AUGCGACAGUGGCUAAGUCCUCGAUUGAUUAGUUCCCCAUUUCCUCAGUCGCAUGUAUCAACGACAAAUUGGACAACUCCGAGAAUUCGACCGACACUCACGAGUCAAUCACGAGAGCCGAGAACAUAUAUCAGAACGGCCAAUGCCACGGGUGGUCGUCCACUAAGAAGUGCGAUCGAACGUGCUCCUCUACUAAAUCACGAUACUGUCAAUGAACAAAGAGAAGUUCACUCAGCAAGAAUAAAUCAAAAUCGAUUUGAACCUGAACAACAAAGCACUCAAAUCAAAAGUUCAAAUGAGCUACUAGAAGAACGUUUCGCCUGUGAAAUUACCAUGUCGUAUGUCUCAACAACUGGCACGGACACAUCCACCCGUGACGAGAUCACUGUUAUACAACGGUACGAUUCAAACACCGAAACUUCGUUGGUCUAUCGAGGAUAUUUAAAGAGCGCAGAUAAGUUCUCGUUCAAAUCUCAGCGACGGCUAAUGUCGAGCUUCUCUCUGGCUUUCUACGUCGAAGGCAAUUUGGACAACACUAUCAGUGAAUGUUGUGAAUUCAAAUGUAUGCCAACAGGUACGAACGUUGAUGUUCAUCAACGACGAUUUCGUUUCGAAAGGAUUAAGAACGCCAGAGCGUGUGAAAAAUGUCGAAAAGUAAAUGCUGAUCAACUGCUACAAAAUAACGAAAAAAAUACGUUAUUGGCCCAUAGGAAUAAAAAACCCUCACAACAUUUUAUUCAACCGACUACCUCGUCAACGUCGUCCGACAAACAGCAAAAACAUAAAAAGACCUCAAAAGCUAACAAGGUCAAAUCGCAAGAAAAGGAAGUACCGCCAACUUCACAAACAGAAACUGCAACGGUCAAAACAGACGUUCAGGAGUCCGAACAACCACCAGAAGAGAAACCUGGUGAUGGGGCACAAGAAACAAGUGAUCAAACCAUCAAUACUGUGGACGUUCAACAACUGUUACAAUACCUUGCAGGCAUGGGAUUAACACAAUCUCAAUCAUCAAGAAGGACACGUCAUCCAAAGAGCGUUGAGAAUUUCUGUUACAUCCUCGAAAAUAAUCUACCAAUAUCGAAUGAAGAACAGCAGUUCUUACGCGGUUUGAUUAAUCUGGGUUUUACCUUUGAUGAUGUUAAUUCGCAAGAAUGCAUUGAUCUUCUCAAGAAAAUUAUCCAUGAAAAAGUCGUAUUGAUCAUUUCGAAGGCGAGUAUGGAACAUUUGGCGGAGAAAAUUCAGGAAGAGCCCCUACUCAGUGCGAUUUAUGUCAUCGAUUCGUCACCUGCGACUACAUUUGAGUCGAAAUUUUACCGCGGAUCUUUUCNUUUCAUAAUUUAA